AUGGAGCAACAACUAGUUCCAUCUCAACCUAGUGCCGCGGAACAAUCAGGAUACUACAUUGGCCUACGCAGCCGCCCAAUGUUGGUAGCCCGAUCGAGCUCGAACCCAUGGGAGCAUAAGUGGGCGGGCAACUGGUCUAUGGGCAAAAGUCUUGGGCCUGUCGGAAGGCAUCCCAUUGUCGACCUAUGGAAUGACUCUGCGGGGUCCCUUCGACAAACCAUCCUCGAGGCCCUCGAGAGUGUCCCAUGGGUCGCCAUUGACAUUCUACGCAUCGGCUAUAAUGGGAACAGGGAGUCUGAGGAGAAGUUCGACCAGCCUAUUACGCUAUUGAUCUCGGUGGUUCCAGAAUCUACGCAAUGGUCCCAAGGCCACCCCGUUGUAAUGCGCUGUCGUACCAUUUUGCAACAACAUGGAAUUUACGACAUCCACUGUGAGAUGAAGGAGUCUCGCGUUUCUUGGUCUGCUGCCUCUCCACCUGUGGCGCCAUCAACUGCCCUGCCACUCCUUUCUUUGCCCCUGGCUCACCCAUAUGAAACCCCAGCGAGCCUAUCCGAGUCCCUUGGCACGUCUAUGUCCGCCUUUGAUAUCCCAACUCGGUCCGGGACCAAGUGUCUCUAUCUACGUGAGAGAGUUACCGGAAGGAUGUUGGCCUUGACUUGUCGACAUGUUAUUUUUGAAGAUGCGGCACCCAACGUUGAGUACCGAUACCAAGACCCUGAGCCCCGCAGAACCGUGGUGCAGCCUAGCGAUCGCGGCCUUCAAAACAUGAAGACCCUAGUUGCGAACGAUAUGGAGUUUAGGAUGAGAACGGAUAUGAAAACUCUCAAGGCUGUGAAGCAGGACUUAGGCCGUCUCAAUGAUCUAGCAUCACGAAUUUUUGGCCACGUCAUCUUCUCCCCAACGUUCAGCGUCCGCCGCAGUGAAUCGGGCAAGCAACGACUCAGGGAUUGGGCGCUGAUCGAGCUGCACCCUGGCAAACACCAGUCCCCUCUACAUCUACUGGAAAACCGGGUCAAGUUUCGAAAUGAGGAAUUGCCCAAGUUUCGUGAUGCUGAAUACGAGAUGCCCAAACCCAAUGUCGACCAAAUGGUAUCACUUUUGGACUUAGAUUCCUCCACCCUCCAGCUUCAAGGCACAAUCCCGGAACAAGAGAUGAGGCGCCCAAAUGAAUCGACCAAGGCCGAUGACCCUACAAUCCUGGUUGCCUCACAAGGCGCCGAAAGCGGCCUGGUUAUUGGGCUGUCCAACAGUGUAACGUCCAUUACACGACGACCUCAUUUAAACUCUGAGUAUAUCUCAGAGGAAUGGGCUGUUC